AUGGCCGUUCCAGAAGAGGUCAACUUGUUACUGCUCAUCGAGCUGGCUGCAGUCGUAAUCGGAUCUUCAGCCUUCUUGUUCUACUGGAAUCGACUACUCGGAUCCAUCGUAGCUUUCAUCAUUCGGCUGUAUACCUGGAGGAAUUACAAUGCGUAUAUAGUCAUUGGGUCAUUGCAGAUAGCUCCCCUGGCAGGGCGCAUAUCGUUUAGAGAUGUGGAAUAUCAUUCAAGCAACAUCUCGGUCAGAGCUCUGCACGGACAUGUCACUUGGAGAUAUUGGAAGUUUAGGAUAAGGCAUGAGACAGACUCGCAAUCUACCAAUACCAAAAGAAAUAAAUUACCAUGCAGAAUCACAGUAUUUGCCGAAGGGGUUGAGGCGUUUGUGUACAAUCGAACGCCCGCGUACGACGCGAUUGUCGAGCGAAUGAAGAAACAUGAACGUGAAGAAGCAGCGGCGAAGGGUUCACCGAGGUCAUCGGACGAUAUCAAUGGCGAUCCCGAUUCUACUCUGAGAUCUAGAUUAAAGAAGGUCGUUAAGACUUCCACCAGGGGAAGUGCUACUACGAAAGCAGCUACGUCAGACAAUGGAUUUGCUGAUCAUCAGCCUGAUCAUCACAAUGUCAACCUGGUCAAACCCACUCCCGUCAAGCCAGCUUCAGAAGGUGUUAAUUGGUUCCGUGAAGCUUUACCGAUCGAUAUCAGAAUCGUCACUGGGUCUCUUAUUCUUGGAAGCGAUGCGACACCCAUGGUCCUUAUUGGUGACUUCAAGCGUGCGGAAGGUAUGAUGGAGGUGACAGACUCUAGGUCAACUUUAGAUCUGUAUAAAACAGCUAUUAACCUCACUUUCCACAAUGCAAGCGUUCUUAUGCGUACCAACGUCGACUAUUCCGGGCCGCUCCUCGCUCACGGCAAAAAGGUUUACGACGAAUUGUUGAAGCGACAACCGGAUCUUACAUCCAAACCCCCCUCGGCAUUGUCAAUUUUCACCGGAUUUCACCUCCUAUCGAAGCAGUUCAAAUUCAUACACGACCCGAAAUUCUCUACUCCACCUGUAGCAGGUCUACCUACAGAUAAAAUAUGGAAAGGUCUAGCUAGAUAUCGGGAGCCAGAAAGUGGAGAAGUGAAAGGGCCAAAAAGGGAAGAGAGGGAAUACGCUAAAGUCACGACAUUACUUGAGACUCCUAAGCUCGAAUUCACAUACUAUGCCGAUACCCCUGGUGAGGUACCUCUUCCCUCGGAAGCUCCUUAUAUAGAUGAUCAGGAUCAGAUAGGAAAUGUAGAUCUUCCGCCAGAAUAUGGUAUAGAUAUCACGAUACACAAGGGGAAUGUCAAAUAUGGUCCUUGGGCAGAUAAGCAGAGAGCUUUCGCUCCUUCGCUUUUCUUCGAUUCAGAGAUCAAACCUAAAUUGCAACCGGGGGAUACCCGAGUACAUACUACUUUGGUGCUACAUCUGUUGUUACAGGAUGAGACCGUUAUGCGUAUACCCACUAGAGAGCCAUCUAAAGACUGGCAGUAUGACAACGUUCCUGCAGACGUUGAAAGAAGGUACGGAUGGUUAGAUGUGGUAGUCGGACCGAAUUCGUCCAUCUCUUAUACCCAGGAUCAAAUUGCUACGAAACAAGGGUACGACUCUAUGCUUGUUCUUCAGCUAGAUUCUAUCGGAAUCAGUUCGAGCGUUAAUCUGGAUACGUUCAUCAAAGCCAAAACCUGCAAGGUGAGUCACCUCUAA